AUGACGAAUGUUCAACAAAGCAAACGCCGUAAAGCGGCCGCUUCAUACUAUGAAAAUAAGCCCUUCAUCAAUUUAUGCAUAGUCUCGAUUCAUAUUCCGUCUCCCUCCAGGAACAAGGAUGCGCUUCGUAAAAAAGCUCGCUUACGAAUGCGCCGCCUCCGCGCAAGUGACACUUCCAAGGACGAAACAGUGGCAGCCAAUGCAGCCGCGUCCAAGCGUGCCUCACAGGCAAAAUACCGUGAAAGUCGACGUGAAAUUCUUCGCGCAAAAGAAGCACGCCGGCGUGUUAGCAAAAAAGUGCUGGCCGGUAUCAUGGCCCUCUUUCCCCCGGCUGAUCAUGUCGACGCUGAAGAAGAUAAUGAAUGCAGCGAAGUUAGCGAUAGUGGGUAUUUGGGCGACGGAAACCCAUCGGACACAGACAACGAAAGCGAGGCCAAAAUCGAAGCAGAAGCGAAGACGCCCCCGAUAGUUCCGAAGAUUCUGUGUGUCGACGGAAGGGAACAUGGCCAACAAACAAGUUUCAAACAAGCUUCGCUCCCGUCGCCUGCACCACUGACUCCUGUAGGGCAUGCGGAUCCCUUCCCGAAGCCAAACUUACGUGUCCCCCAUCGCUUGCCACCCAUGCCCCCGCCCGAUCCACAUUCCUCAGCGUACACCCGACUCCGAAAACGCAAGCGGCACACCAGUCCCACUGCGCACGAUGUUCUACCUCCAGCAAUUCGCCCCCGGACGGUUGUGGAAAUCGAAGGGCCAGAUGUUCAGGAUGAGCUGGACGUCGAGAACGAUUCGGAUGUUCCGAGUGAACCAGAUGUCGAGAACGACCCAGACACCGAGGACCCAGACACCGAGGACAAUACAACCGAGUUAGACAGCAGGUCUGCAGAGUCGGAAACAGACACUGAAGAAGAAGAUAGUCGUUUCGCGCCCGACCACUAUGGACCUGGUCUACAUUACUUUCACAACCGUCGUUGCACAAAUGCUCAAUGCCGGCGGGAUAUCCCUCGCAAGUCAUUGAUGCGCUGCGGCGCGUGCUACUUGGUAACUUAUUGCACUGUUGACUGCCAACAAGCCGAUUGGAAAAUGCACAAGCGGGUCUGCCAGCUCGUCUCCGCUGAACCACAUGCUCGUGCAAUGGUACGAUUCAAUUACCGAUACGGACGCUACAUCCACGCCCUCGCUCUCUUCAUGUUUGGGUAUUGCGACCUCGUGGCGGGCCCUCGACGCGAUGAAAUCUGGAAGAAGAGGGUCAAUACCCACGCCGUUGUGCUCCACGUACGCCAACACGGUUAUACGGACUCUCAUCACCCAUACCACGACUACCACUACUCCUCCUGCUAUCUCUUCCCCAUCAAACUACUCAAUAUCAUUGAAGAGGGAUGCAGAGCGCGCGCUGAAGCCCUUCUCCAAAUCCGUCAGGAGGAGAAGACCUGUAUUGUGGUCAUUAUGUUUGAGGACAAGGUCGGCUUCAGCCUCGGCGCUCGUGCCUUCCUGCACAAAGUCGACGAGUUUGAGAUCAAUCAAUACGCCCGCACCUCUACUUACAACGCUCCUCACUCGUUCCGUCGAAUUUUACUCCACAAGGCUCGGAAAGCCACACCCGUUUCUGUCAUAGAAUCACAUAUCUAG